UUAGCUUUCAGAUUCUCAAGUAAAAAAAGCUUAGAAAGGGAGAGUAAUAUAUUUGAAGUCUGAAGGCUACCGUGAUGGAUGCUUCAAAGGUAGCAGACUUAAAGCUAUUUGUUGAUCAGUGCAAAUCAAACCCUUCAAUUAUCCACACUCCACCUCUUUCCUUCUUCAAGUCUUAUCUACAAAGUCUGGGAGCUCAAAUUCCAGCAGACCCACAGCCGGAUAGAGGCGGUGCUAAAAUGACGGAGCCCGAGCAAAACCCUGGUGCCAAUAAACCCUUCUCUUCAAAUGAAGAUGAUGAUGAUAUUGUUGAGUCUGACGUCGAGUUAGAUAACAGCGGUGUUGUGGAACCUGACAACAAUCCUCCCCAAAAAAUGGGAGACCCUUCAUUUGAAGUUACGGAGGAAAAGCGGGAUGCUGCUCAAGCGGAAAAAUUAAAAGCUAACGAUGCAAUAUCUGAAGGUAAGCUGGACGAAGCAAUAGAUUAUCUAACAGAAGCUAUCAUGCUGAAUCCCACUUCAGCUAUAUUAUAUGCAACUAGAGCAAGUGUGUUUGUUAAAUCGAGCCAACCAAAUGCUGCAAUCCGUGAUGCCGAUGCAGCUGUAAAGAUCAAUCCUGACUCAGCAAAAGGAUAUAAAGUUCGAGGGAUGGCGAGGGCCAUGCUAGGCCAAUGGGAAGAAGCAGCAAGUGAUCUGCAUGUAGCAUCAAAGUUAGAUUAUGAUGAGGAGAUUGGUUCAGUACUUAAAAAGGUGGAACCUAAUGCACACAAAAUUGAAGAGCAUCGCAGAAAAUAUGAACAACUGCGGAAAGAAAGGGAAUUAAUCAGGAGUGAACGACAGAGGCAACAGCAGAAAGCUGAGGCACAAGAUCAGGAAGCAUUAUCUGCUUUCAAAGAUGGGCAGGUUAUUGGCAUUCAUUCCACAAGUGAGCUGGACACUAAGUUAAAUGCUGCUACAAGAACAUCUCGCCUGGUGAUAUUGUACUUCACAGCAACAUGGUGUGGCCCCUGCCGCUUCAUAUCUCCACUUUAUACGAGCUUAGCUGCAAAAUAUGCAAAAGUAGUUUUCUUAAAAGUAGAUAUAGAUGAGGGGCAGGACGUAGCAGCCCGUUGGAACAUUAGCAGUGUCCCAACCUUUUUCUUUAUAAGAAAUGGGAAGGAAGUUGAUAAGGUAGUAGGGGCUGAUAAAAGUACACUUGAAAGAAAGAUCGCCCAGUAUGCAAGCUGAAUGAAAGGAAGGUAGGCUCCAGCCAUUCGUAAUGGCCUUUUCUUAUAUGUUGGAACACAACAAUAAUGCCAAGACUUGGCAAUACCUUAGGAAAACUGUACCAUAUUUAAGUGAGCUGGGCAUUUCCUUGGAACUUUUUCUUAGCUAUAAAAGCAUAAUGAUUUAUGUUUGAUGGACUAUUUCAGAA